AUGCGAAGGGGAGGAGAACAUUUGGCCCGAUUGAGCAAGGCAAGCGGAAACAUCAGCUUCGGUAAGGGUUUUCGCUGUGGUGCUAUGGUUAGUUCCGCCUCCUCAUCGGCUCAUUCAUGCUUCAUCUGCUUCGAAUCAAUCCAACCGACUCAUAAUCGCUUCUUCCUCAUAUCUCUACAGAUCCCGAUCAAAGAAAGGUACGUUCGAUUUGCUGCUGUUAUUCGAUUCAAUUGGGAGAUGGAUCUAACAUAUGUGUUUUUUUUAAAGGCGAUGAACUGUGCACAUAAGGUGCUCGAUAAAAUGUCUGUGAGAGCAUUUUCGACUGGAAUGAUGGAAGGGAUCUCGAUGGGGCAGUUGCUUCGAUCGGUUUAUGAACCACAAGAUCUUAUCGUGAAAACGUCUACUCAAAACCACAAGGUUUCUGCUAUUUUGGUGUUCAGAGACUUCACUUCUUCUGACCCCUUUCACGGGCAAUUUCCCACGUUAUGGGAGAGAUUUUGCAAACCAAAAAGCGGCAGCGAGGUGUACCAAUGGAAAGAAACCCAAUCCUAA